UACAAGUUUUAGUUGUUGCCUUUUUUCCUCUUCAAAUGGUCUUUUUUGUGGUCUGCUUGAAUUUGUGUAGUGUAAAGCCAAAUUAAACCAAUUAUAAAAUGAAAUGGAUAUAAAAUGAUGUAUUAGAAGUGAUAGAAACCCUACUUUCAUACCCAUCUUACUCUCCCCAUCUUACUUUUACUUUUUUUAAUAGUUAUUUCUUAUAUUUGUUUGCAGGUACAGACACACCACAGAGACCUGCAUUACCCCAUCUCUGCUGCCAGCAGGCCUUGUUUGCCUGCUUUUAUGCAAACCAGUAACAGAAGAAAAGGGGAGCCGUUUGCUGAAAAAACUACCGUUAUGUCUGUGGACGCUCUUGGGCUUUCUCCGCGUCGUUUAGCAAAAAUGCCUGAAACCGCAGACUCCUCUCCUGGAACGCGCAAGCCGAGUGCCGUGGAGCGGCUGGAGGCUGACAAGGCAAAGUACGUUAAGAGUCAGCAAGUGGUACUGAACAAGCAGCUGCCAAUCAUCCGAAAGCCCUUAAUGCCUUCAAGCGCACAGCUUCGGCCGGGUGCACCGCAGCCGACCCGCAAAAUGGCCUCUCACGUCAUAUCUAAACCUGAAGCCCCGCCUCUUAACUUAGAACAUCUGAAUAGCCUGAUUAAUGGAGUCUGUGAUACAUCUGAGCCAUCCAAUAGUUUUCAUAAGCAAGUGCCUGGAAAAAGUCAAGGUUUUGCAGCAGGCAGUGCCUUUGAGCUGCCCUCCUCGACUUUGAGUGCAGCCGAAGAGUCUCUUGUCAAAUCCAGUUCAUCUCCAACAGCACAAAAGAAAAUAUCAGGAGACGGCAUUGCGGCUAAUGGGUCUUAUUCAGUAACAGUACGGCGAGUUGACGUGAGGCCUCAGGUUGUGAUGCAGCAGAUGAGAAAGCCGUGCCGAGCACAGCUCCCUGGGCAACGCGUCCACUCGCAGCUUUUGCAGCUGCUCAGGCCAUACACUCAGACUUCCUCUCUACCGCAGCCACUUCAGCCUGUCAAAAGCCGACAUGACAUCAUGAACAGCUCCAGUCCUGUGAAAUCCCCUGUUAGCCCAGUUCAGGCUUCACCAUUCUCUGCCGAACCGUUAUCACCUGCCUUACCUUCCCCAGUUAAAUCUCCAAAAGAUCAAAACCAAGAAGUGUUUCCCACCUCAGCUCAGGAACCCCUCCCACCAUCAUCUCCUGCUGUCACCCACAAGUCCUCAGUUUGCUCCAAGAAACGACGGUCACUAACACGCUCCAAAUCUGACGUAAGCGACCGCUUUUCCCGAGCUGGUGCCGAAGUCGAGCGUUUCUUUAACUACUGUGGCCUUGAACCAUCAGACUUUGAAGUGCUUACACCUGGUUCGGACAUUGCAUCUAUCUCACGCCUGCGUAGUGCUAGCGCUCCUGCCUCCGAGUGCACUGAAGGGGAGGGGGGUGAAGACGAGGAGGAAGAAGCAGCCAAAGAUGAGAAGCCCAGUUAUGGCGUUUCAGUCAUAGAAAGAAAUGCACGGGUGAUCAAGUGGCUGUAUGGAAUGCGCCAAACCAAGGACAGCACAAAAGUGGCUAACGUUUAGCUUGUAAAACCAAAGUGGCCCAAGGUUCUGCAUGCGGAGUAACAGCUUGGGGACAUGGUUUUUAAAAUCAGAACACUUUGGGGGAAUAGUUUGUGAACUCCUUUUCACAGUCCUACAUCUCUGAGUCUCUGUGACUCCUGUCAACCAGCUACAGAGCAAAACGCGUCAACCAGGAGCAUCCAACCAAUCAGGAGUGAUGGGUGUCUCUGGUCACUUGUCAAUCAUGCUGCGUGUCAUUGCUCUGGGACGGAGACUUACUUUGGAGGAAACGCUGAAGUAUACGUAUUUGUUUAUGAGCUAGAAGCUAACCUUUGCUUUGAGCCAUUGACUGCACCUUCUAGAGUCUAUUACAGGCUUAGGUUAGAUUAUUGCAGGUUAUACGAGAGAAGCUACGAGAACAAAGUCUCCAGGAUAUCAGAAUCAUGGUUCAUGCCAUGUCUGCUGCUAACUGUAUAUUAAAUAUAUUCAGUUAACUACAUAUUAUUGAUAUAUGUACUGUAUUUUAUGUGUAUUAUUCCCUUCAAUAUGAGAUUCUGUAAUGUAUAAACAACAAAAAUAUAUAUGUUUUGCAUUCAAGUGUUCGUCUGCGGUUAAAAGCAUUUGGAUUAGUGUUACUGGAUCUGCUUAAUAAUAUUUGUCCUCUGUGAACUGUGUAGAUGUUUAAAUGCAGAUGCACAGAUUAUUCAUGUUGACAAAUGGAUUGUCAUGAUUCAAAUAAAUAAAAUGAACAAGUAUUGGUUGGAAAA